UCUUCCCCCCAUCUCUCGCUGUUUUGUUCGCUUUAGUGGCUGAACUCGAAAGGGAUUCCACCGGAUUUCCGCGAUUAGGAGUCGGGAAGGGCAAAAGCUUUGAUCUUUUCUGUUGCUAGAUUUCGUGUUCUUGCGGAUCUCUUUGGGACGGGUUUGUGGUGUCGGAGCGAUGUUGUCGUCGUCCUCGUCGUCGGCGACGGUCCGGGUGGAGAAGGCCACGAGCGACCUCCUCAUGGGGCCGGACUGGACGUUGAACAUGGACAUCUGCGACUCGGUAAAUUCCGACCACGGGCAGGCUAAAGAUGUGGUUAAAGCAGUGAAGAAGCGCUUGCAACAUAAAAAUCCAAAGGUUCAAUUUUUGGCUUUAACGCUGUUAGAGACAAUGAUUAAGAAUUGUGGUAACUAUGUGCAUUUUCAAGUAGUUGAACGUGAAAUACUGCAGGAGAUGGUCAAAAUUGUCAGGAAGAAGACUGAUAUGCAAGUGAGAGACAAGAUUUUGGAAUUGCUGGACUCAUGGCAAGUAGCAUUUGGUGGGGCUGGAGGAAAGUAUCCUCAGUUUUACUUGGCAUAUGCUGACUUAAAGAGAUCUGGAGUGCAGUUCCCAGAACGCUCCUCUGACGCUACAUUAAUUUUUAAUCCUGCUGGACAUGCAACAAAUGAAACCACACAUCCUCCUAUAGGGUAUGGGAUGCCUAGCAAUUCUGCUUUAAGACUGGAUGAAGCUAUGGCAUCUGAGAUGGCAAAAUUGAGUUUAUCAGAUUUGGCCAGCAUGCAGAGUGUGAUGGAGCUGUUAAGCGAGAUGCUGAAAGCUGUGAAUCCAAAUGAUCGCAGUGCUGUUAAAGAUGAAGUGAUUAUAGAUCUUGUCAACCAGUGUCGCUCCAACCAAACGAGGCUGAUGCAAUUGAUUGAUUCAAUCAGGGAUGAGGAGCUUCUGGGUCGAGGCCUUGAAUUAAAUGAUAAUUUGCAAAGUCUACUCGCAAAGCAUGAUGCAAUAGCCUCUGGUUCACCUCUGCCAGCUGAAGUAUCUGAAUCUAUCACAGAGCACGAUGCAAUAACCUCUAGUUCACCUCCCCCUGUUGAUGUAUCUGAAUCUAUCACAAGUUCAAGGACUCCUGUUGUACCUCAACCUGCAGCAAUAAGUUGGUAUGAUGAUGGAGAGGAAGACGAGGAUGAUGAUUUUGCUCAGUUGGCUCGCAGGAACUCCAAAAGCAAGCCAUUGGGUGGUGAUAGCAAAUCUGCUGCAACCAGUGGUCAUUUGUCCUUGCCAAACCCGAGUGACAUUAUCCCUUCAACAGUUGCAUCAACCAUGGAUGGAGCAUCAUCCUCCGAGGCAAGUAGCGAAUUGACACUGCCUGAUCCUCCAACCCCAGUGAAGACUGCCACAAAAGAGCAAGAUAUAGUCGAUCUUCUCAGUAUUACCUUGUCAUCAAACCCAUCUCCUCCCCAUACUCCUUUAACACCUCCAGUUGUGUCUGACCAAAAUGGAUCUCCGCCAGUUCCCUCAGCUGGACAAGGUUAUCCUGUAAACCAAGCAUACAUUCCCCAAAACAGCUACACUGCACCAUGGGCUCAAACCCAGACUCAUUCUCCAUCUCCACCACGUCCACAACCUCAACCCGAGGUGUUCUUGAACUCAUCUGGUUAUCCACCUCCACCAUGGGCUACUUCUGAUCCCAAUGCCAGUCCCAAUACCAAUCCCUUUAUACCAACCACUUACCAACAUCCUGCACCCGGAGCUGGUGGAUUUUCCGCUACUUACACCUCCAUGCAGACUUCUCGCCCUGUGCAGUUCUACAAUUCAUUCGGCCCGAGAGUCAAUAAUGUCCCAACGACCAAAACACAGACAAAUACCAGCCUUGGGCACAAGACAGGGAAGCCAAAUUCUCCUAAACCUUAUGUCUACACUAACAGGUUAUUCGAUGAUCUGCUAGACUUGCGAAAUCCCAGUACAGGUCCGAAGACAAGCAGCCAAAAUUCUACUUUCUCCGGCACAUCCAGCCAAGGCAUGAUAAACGGGAGCAAAUAAAAUAUUUUUCUAUGGUACUAAUUUGAUUUAUCAUCGGCAGCUGGGAAGUUCCUUGCAAACUGUUUUAGGUUUGUGAUGGUGUUGUACAUUUCUAAAUCCAACUUAUAAUCGGAUUGUAUUGUUGGUGCUGUGGCUGCACCAAAAUCAUGAUAGGCAAACGUGAAUGUAUAUAAACGAUUGCAUACUUUGCAUGCUUCAAGAUACCACUUAACAAUCUAAAGUUCAUCGCUUGUCUUUUAUCAA